CAGACUAUCAGAGAUAUCUUUGUUGUUUUGUGGUUUAUAUACAAUAAUUUAUUUAUAAAGCAUAUUAUAAUGAGUAUAAUUAAGCCGGCUUUAUCUCCAAACUCAUCUUUAGCAACGUCUCAAUAUGAUAGUCACGACGACACCGAACCAAAUAAGAUUAAAGUUUAUCUUAAAGAAAGAUUGAAGUCACGGAUUUUUUUGGGACGUUAUGUAGAAAGAAGACUUGCAGACAAGCGUAUCGGAUACCGUGACGUCGUUGUCAUCAGCCCCGCUGAGGUGGAGUUAAAAAAGGAUUUGUUAGAGGUACAGCACAAGUUAAUUAAAAUAUGCCCCAGCACACAUUGGAUAGGUAUUACAGACACAGAAGCUAUGGGUUCUACAAAUGGCGUUUGCUUGUGGACAGAAAUAGAUAACCAACCUUUUGGUCCAUUUUGGUUCCAAAUUAAGAGUUUAAAGUUCAGAGAUGAUGAAGUUAUGGUGACAUUAAAAUGUUUGAGACAUAUAUCUGAUGCAUUUUUAGAAGUAGAACCAAUCUUAACUGGGGCUGUGAAGAAAUGUAAAGCCAUUGAUUUGUCAGACAAAAAACUGGAAAACAGUGUUGCAUCUCUAAAUGAAACUUGUACUGAUAUUGUUGACACACUAAAAGGUGUUUUAUCAAUAAGCAAUGUAAAGGAACUUGUAACAUUUUUGUUUGCUUUCAUUAUUGCUAUCUUCACUGGAAGUACUUCAUUUGUAAAUUUUCUUGGAAACUUUAUUUUAGCUUUGAUCAGAGAAAUUUCUAUCUUAGUAAAGAACUCCACACCUAUGUUCCUUGGCUUGUUGGAUUUCUUUAGCAAAAUUGUUGGAGGCUUUUAUAUUCUGUUGGCAAUGUUAUUCAGACAAAGUGCUCCAGCUCCAUCAAAUAAAAGAACAGUAGGGGUUUAUGAUAGAUCACGGAGAAGUUAUGAACGAUAUGAUGAUGGUCAAUUUGAUUAAUUCUUAAGUAAUUGAAUUGAUAUAACUUAUUUGUUAGCAGAUCUAUAUUUUUAUUAAUGUUUCAUGCUUUCAUAGUCUUUUAUUAUUUGACUUUUUGGUAGAGUUAAAUAUUUACUUUAGAUCUCAUUUAUUUAUAUAUAAAAAUACAUCUCAUUGUGGUAAAUAUAUGAUUAGAUACAAAAUGCUAAUUUAUUCUAUUACCUUGCAAUGGUAAUAAUAAUAAAAUAUUUAACUCUUGUUAUAAGUUAAUUUAUUUAAGCCAAAUAUUACCAAGUCACCAAAAAUGCUUUGAUAACUUACCUACUAAUCAUUCCAAAUGCAUUUACAGAUUGUAAUAAGCUCAGGUUUAUGCUUUGAAUAAAAAACUAAUUUUGUAUUCAAAUCUUUAUUAAAAUAAAUAUGUAAAUUGUUACAA